CAGACAGAGAGGAGCCAGUUCGCCUGUUUGACAAGCAGUGAAUGAUGACUACAGCACCUUCCUUGAAGGAGCUGACUUUCCUGGGUGAACAUGCAGAGACUCGCAAUGUUUGUAUAUUGACAGUUCUUGCGCAUUGCAAGGGGGCCUUACUCUGCUCCCACCGAGUAGCAGGGGCGGAACUGUUGUAUCCCCCACCCCGCGUGCCCGAAGCCACACACAGAAGCUCCACCAAAAUGCCUCCCAUGUCUGCGGAUCCUGUCCUGACAGAGAUACAAGGAACGCUGCAGAGCACGGAUACGCGGAAGGGCAGGAGCUGGGACUUUGAACAUUUCAAAUGGAUUGGGGAGCACAAGAUGGCUUUAACUACAAAAAAACUGAUGUGCAAUUCAGCCAAAGGUGAUAAAUCUGGAAAUGACCAGGAAGAAGCCAGGCUGCAGAAUGCCAGCAGACAAAUAGUGCACACAGCCAUUCAGCAAGCGGUCCAGCAGCUGUCCCAGGAGAGCCAACGGAAAGAGAAAGGCACCAAGAGCAGUGUGAGCCUGCAACUCGAAAGGGGCCAAUUAACCAAGAAGCAUGAAAAGAAGUAAAGCCUCCCACCCAGGACCUCUUCAUGGGAUAUUCCAGUCUGCAGCCUUUCUGCCUUCUUAGGAUCAGCUGUGUAGCCAGUGCCGCACUACUGCAGAAACGUCAACCAAAGUAUAAUCAGCACAUAGCGAUAAGUAUACCAAGUUGCCAUAGUCCUCAGCUGAGAAUUAGAGUUUUAAGUGCAUUAGGUAAACUUACUCAAUAUUUAUGCAGUGCCUCCUAACACAUGUAACAAAAUAAUGCUGUUGUGGCAACUGAAGUAGUGUCAAGCACAAAUCCUUCCUAGAGUACAAUUCUAUAUUCUGUGUGUUUCGUCAAAGUCUAGGUGUCUUGUGAUCUUUCCCUUGCGUUUCCAGUUUCCCAGGAGUUCAUUAUAUUGACGCACAGUGUUAUAUGUGAGUAGAAAUAUGUUUUUUAGAUUCUUUGAAACACACCUGUAUGCUGUAAGAAGGAAAUAUUGCAGCAGACAAAAUGGUCACAUGGAAAUCCAGCUGGAAAUAUCAGUGAAUGAGCUUUUCAUAAACAUGCUGGCCACAGUCAAAGACAGAGUUAGACGUGCUUCAGAGCUGGGCACUGAUGUCAAAUCUUACUCUUUUACAUUUUAUCUUUUAUUCAAAUCUUAAUCCGUAUUUUAUAAAGUGAGGUCAGAAAGUGAGGUAAUAAUAGUAAUGCAAACCUCAGGCUUACUUCUGAGCAGACAUGUAUAGAAUUGCACUGCUAGCUCCUUAAAAUUGAUGGCGCAUUAUUACCUCUGCCCUUCCAUUCUGAUUCUUUCCACUGAAGUCCAGCACUCCUUUUUCUGGGUUUUGCUCUUUACUUUGCUAGUUCUCUUUAUUUUAAUUUACAAAAUUUUAACAACUUAAAAGAGUAAACUGAAUGUAAAAAUCCAGCUUUGUGAAAUGUGGUAAUGUCAUAAUAAGAACAUGAGGUUAUUCUUGAGUAAGUACUCAUUUCUGGACUGAUCAGAAAAUACUGUCAUUGGAUGCAAAUAUCAAAUAACACCAUGGACCUCCAUGUCUGUGGAGGAACCUCUUUCAUGAGCACUCUUUGGGUUCUAGAGAGAAUGGCAUCUCCAAAAAGAAUGGCAAGUGAGCCUGAAUUUGGAUGUUGUUAUUUGAAUACCAAGGGUACAUAGUUUCUUGAAAAUAGGGGAGUGACAUUGCUCCUUUCCGGCCCACCUGGGGUCACUACACCCUACUGCCAUACCACUGAAUUUGCUGCCAAAAUCCAGUAGUUCAGCAGUGCUGGGGAAAAAGCAGCAACCUUUCUUUGAAACAAGGCGCUGCUCCCAUGAGCCCUCUUUGAACUGCUGCUUUAUUUGAUUACUGCCACCAGUAUUGCAGUGGCAAAUUUUUGCAGUGAAGCGUUGGGACCAGGUGGGACUGUGAACAUGCAGCUUGCAUGUUUAUCCCUGUUGUUUACAACAAAGCAAAGGCGUGCCAGUUCUUUUAUAUUGGGCUUUGUAUAUUCUUUCAAUCCAUGGGAGACUAGCAAGUGUUUCUUGGCCUUAUCUGUAUUUCUUGUUCAAAGGCAAUCAUAUAUCAAAGCCCAUAUAUCAAGUACCGCCUGAGUCGCUGUAUUAAAAAUUCCUGAAUACGUAUUAAGAAAAGACUGGUUGUAAUAUCAAUUCAAAAUAUCUCCAAAUUUCAGAGCUCAUUUUGUAGGUUUCUUUUGUUUUGUUAAUGAAAGAAACUAAUAAAGAAUGAAAUGGCUCACCA